AUGGGAAAGAACCUCCCACCUAAAGACUCCGAUGAAUUUGUUUUAUCUCAAAAAGGUUAUAAACUUUUUAAAAAACUUGGUGAGGGUUCGUACGCCCCUGUCUAUUUAACUGAAUACACAGGCUCAAGAAAAAGCGAUGAACCUAGAAAAUUAGCAUGUAAAGUAAUAGAUAUGAAGAAAGCUCCAAAAGAUUUUGUCAAGAAAUUCUUACCACGAGAACUUGAAGUACUGGCUCUAAUCAAUCAUCCGCACAUAAUUCACGUUCAAAGCAUAUUCCAGAGGAAACAGAAAUAUUUUAUAUUUAUGAGUAUAGCCGAAAAAGGCGACCUCCUAGAUUAUUUACUUAAAAACGGACACACUCAGGAAAAUAGAGCAAGAGUAUGGUUUAGACAAAUAACUCUAGCUGUACAAUAUCUACAUGAACUAGGAAUAGUACAUAGAGAUUUAAAAUGCGAAAAUUGUCUAAUAUCCGCCAAUAAUAAUUUAAAAUUAGCUGAUUUUGGUUUCGCGAGAUUUGCAAUAAAUUCCGAAGGACAAAAUGUCACUAGCUCAACAUACUGUGGAUCACUUAACUACGCAGCACCAGAAGUAUUAAGGGGCAGCCCUUAUUUCCCUAAAUCUUCAGAUUGUUGGUCUCUAGGUGUAAUUUUAUAUGCCAUGCUAAAUAAAUCAAUGCCAUUUGAAGAUAAAAACGUCAGAAAUCUCAUCAAUCAACAAAUGCAGCGGAGGUGGAAGUUUCGAAGCAAAGUUUCAGAUUCGCUUAGCGACGAGGUUAAAAACGUAACUAGAAGACUUUUGGAUCCAGAUCCUAAUACCCGUUGGAAAAUACCUCAAAUUAUUGAGUCCGAUUGGAUAAGAAUGGAUCCGAGAUUAAUAGAACUAACCCCAGACGAACAAAAGUGUCUCGAACAGGCCAGAAUAGAGAACGCUAAGUAUAUUGAGAAAUUAAAAAAGUCUACAGACAUUAAUUUAUCUGAAGAUGCAAAUGCAACUGGUGCGCUAAAAAUUAUAAAACCUACUGGGUUAGAUAUAAACAAUAAAAUAGACCUUAUGAAGUCUCAAAAGUUUCCAAUUGAACAAGAUUUAUCUUUUACUGACAAAUUAUUUGACCCAGAAAUGGAAAAGCGACGAGAAUUCAACAGAAGGGCGAGAAAAUAG